AUGGCCUUUAGAUUUUUGAGCACUACCCAAAGGCUGGUUCGACCAACGAUAAAUACUUUUCGUGUAGCACCGCUCGUAUUUAACACAGCUGGUUUUCAUGCAGGACGCAUAUUAUCAAUUCAAUCAACAAAAACCGUCAGAGAUGGAGCCAGUUAUAUAAAAGGCACAGUCAACGAUCCAGUAGUUCUUCCACCACGCGACAAAGUCACUGGCGCAUACCACUGGGAUUUUGAACGUUUUCUCGCUGUCGGAUUAAUCCCAUUGACUGUCGCUUCGGUAGUUAACGGUGCUCACCCCAUCACAGAUCUGAUUUUGGGAAUAGCGCUACCGAUUCAUGCUUAUAUUGGCUAUGAAGCUAUCAUUACCGAUUACUUGCCUUCGCGUCGCACUCCCAUCAUACACAAGGUGAGCAUGUGGGGAUUACGUGGAGCGACAUUAUUGGUACUUGUUGGCUGUUAUCAGUUUAAUACGAAUGAUGUUGGGAUGGCUGAGUUG